GUCCUCUCGAAAAUGGACCUGAUCAAAAUAAACCAGCAGCAUCCCUCGCACACUCAUACGAAUGGUUUAAAAGACCAAGAUGCAGAACACCUGAAUGGUUGUAAAGAAGAAGAUGAGCCACUGCUUCAAGAAAAUCCCAGAAGAUUUGUGAUGUUCCCCAUACAGUACCCUGACAUCUGGAAAAUGUACAAGCAGGCACAGGCAUCCUUCUGGACAGUGGAGGAGGUUGAUUUAUCUAAAGAUUUGGUUCACUGGGACCGUCUUAAACCUGAAGAGAAGCAUUUCAUUUCCCAUGUCCUGGCUUUUUUUGCUGCUAGUGAUGGUAUCGUGAAUGAGAAUUUGGUGCAGCGGUUCUGUCAGGAGGUACAGGUCCCUGAAGCACGGUCUUUCUACAGUGUACAGAUUCUAAUAGAGACAGUUCACUCAGAGAUGUACAGUAUGCUCAUCAACACCUACAUCAGAGACAUCAAGGAGAGAGACUAUUUAUUUAAUGCCAUUCAAACCAUGCCUUGUGUGAAAAGGAAAGCGGACUGGGCUCUUCAGUGGAUAAAUGACAGCAAAUCAUCAUUUGGUGAAAGAAUUGUGGCAUUUGCAGCUGUAGAGGGAAUUUUCUUCUCUGGAUCCUUUGCUGCCAUUUAUUGGCUGAAAAAGAGGGGUCUAAUGCCUGGCCUUACUUAUUCCAAUGAACUUAUCAGCAGAGAUGAGGGGUUGCACUGUAAUUUUGCCUGCCUCCUGUAUAGCUACUUGGUUAAAAAGCCAUCAGAAGACAGAGUAAAGGAUAUAAUAACCAAAGCUGUGAGCAUUGAGGAGGAGUUCUUAACUGAAGCUUUACCAGUGAAUCUCAUUGGAAUGAACUGCUCUUUGAUGAAGCAGUACAUUGAGUUUGUGGCGGACCGUCUUCUUGCAGAUCUUGGCCUUGAUAAGGUGUACAAUGCUGAAAAUCCAUUUGACUUCAUGGAGUCGAUCUCCCUAGAAGGAAAAACCAACUUCUUUGAAAAACGUGUGGCAGAAUAUCAAAAGUUUGGUGUUAUGCCAGGUCUAAUGGACACUGAAUUCACUCUUGAUGCAGACUUUUAAGAUAAGCUAUAAUAUCUCAUGUGGGUUUUAUUUGUUGGUUAUAUUUGUUGGCCCUAGAGUCGACUGAGCCUACAGAGAUUCAAAAAUGGUGCAUUCAUUGCAUUGCACCACUUUAAAACUGAGUGAAAAUCAUGUUAUUUAAGUUUGUAGGUGUAUUUGUUAUUGCAGUAUUUAUUUUGCAGUAUUGCUUUUAAAAUGGAAUUUGGAUGUGAAAUACAUUGUUUUAUUAUAAAAUGGAUUUUUGGUUAGGAUUUGCUGUUAAAUUACAUUGUAGACUAAAGCAUUUUUGAAGGCAAUGUUAUUGGUCUGUAAGAAAAUUAGAAUUAAAAAUGGUUUC